GGUAUCAGUGGGGGAGAAAUAGUGCCCCAUCAUUGGUGUCAGUGGGGGAGGAAUAGUGCCCCAUCAUUUGGUGUCAGUGGGGGAGGAAUAGUGCCCCAUCGUUGGUGUCAGUGGGGGAGGAAUAGUGCCCCAUCGUUGGUGUCAGUGGGGGAGGAAUAGUGCCCCAUCGUUGGUGUCAGUGGGGGAGGAAUAGUGCCCCAUCGUUGGUGUCAGUGGGGGAGCAAUAGUGCCCCAUCGUUGGUGUCAGUGGGGGAGGAAUAGUGCCCCAUCGUUGGUGUCAGUGGGGGAGGAAUAGUGCCCCAUCGU